AUGGUCGAGGUCAAAGAACGUGCUGGCAUGCUCGAAGCUGCUGGAUCGAGCGUGUAUCAACAAGCGGGUGAUCAGGGGAACAAUCCCGCCCUCGUUGGCGCCGCGCUCUCGCAUCUGGCUUUGGAGUCGAGUUCCAACGCUAACACCGGAAUGUUCACCAUUGGACGUAUGGAUGGCAAGUCCAGCCUCGCAGGAGCAGAAGCAGCACUCCGACCAAGCCAACAAUCGUUGCUAGCCCGGCCUGGUGUGUAUUUCGAUCCGUCGACACGCAUAUUUCGGCUCUACUCCCGCGAGACGUUGUAUGCUUUCCGAAUCGACGAUAAUCGGAAUUUGGAACAUCUCUACUAUGGAUCAUGGCUCCAAACGGAUGACAACUUGACAUACCUGAGCCUGGGCAACGUUCCAGGACCAUUUGAUCCCCAUGGCAUUGUUCCGUCAGCCGUGGAGCCGAACAUCAUGCAAACCAUGGGUCUCGAUGAAUUGCAGUUUUCCUCUGAACAAGAACUGCAGCAGAAAUGGCGUUUAUUCACACGCGCGAAGAAUGAUUCUGCGGUCUCUGGUGACUUUGAGAACACCGGCAGACCGCGUCGUCUCGAAAACGCCUCCUGGCGAUUAUGGCACAUGGAACGCAUGAAAGGCUCGGCUGUCGAUCUGGACAAGGACCUCUCUGAUGAUGUUUUGGAGCGCGCUCUGCAGCGCGGCGGGAAAUCGCUCAGUCAAUCCGCAUCGGAGAAGGUGACAGAAACGCAGCCACAAGCAAUUUUACCCAGUGGUGAGGCAGGCGGAGAGCUUGUUGAUGCCUCGGAUCGUGCGAGCAGCACGGCACCUGGUUCGCUACAUCGGUUCGCCUCGACGCCUGCGCUGGACUUGUCGCGAUCAGAGCACUCGUUGGCAUCAGUGAUAACCAGUCCGCGUCUCGACUGGAAUCGCGGGAAACGCGACAGCAUGGGCGCUCCCAAGGAGGCGCCCGCUCGAAUGGUGAGCGGUAGCGCAGCGGAGGGCCCACAAGGACCUCAGAGCGUCCAGCAGAGCACAGCCGGAGGCAAACAAGCUCCAUCGCUCAUGCAGACCGCUUCUGAGCUGGAUCUGGACUCGGGGCAGAAAUCAACAGCAUCCGUCGUGAACUGGGGUAAGUUGGAUCAAGAGACAAUUAGCAAGAACGUGAAGCUGCUAGAAAUCUCCGAUAGCGGAACUGGCGACUACCGCAUUCCCUCGAUUGGUGUCAUCUAUGAGGAUGGAUCCACGUUGUCGCCCUUCACGUAUCGUCGCCACCGCAUCCGUCGCGGCAAAAUUCCGAUGCCCAAUUACAUGCCAGCUGUGUUCACCGAGGACGUCCACGAAGCGACGACGUUAAUUGUGGAAAUGGUCGACAACGUCACCGGUUUGGUGGUGGAGCUCAUCUACUGUGUUGUGCAUGAUUACGAUGUGAUCACUCGUCAUUGCCGCAUUCGCAACGAGGGUGACGCUAAUGUGAUCAUUACCCGAGCGAUGUCAGCGACGCUGGACUUUGAAACUGACGACUACUACUUGACACAGUUAUCCGGAAGUUGGGCACGAGAACGCCAACAGGUGAUACGGCAUCUGCGCAGCGGGCAGACCUCGUUCGGCUCCACACGCGGUGGCUCUUCACACCAGCACAACCCGUUCGCAAUUAUCUCUGCUGGUGAGCCGAACGAAGAUACCGGUGAAGCGUUCGCUGCGCUACUCGUCUACUCGGGAAAUUUUCUCGUGGAGUGUGAGGUGAGCGAGACCGGGCGUACGCGCCUGAAUAUUGGCAUUCAUCCCCAGGGCUUCUACUGGAACCUCGAGCCUGAUGAGGAAUUCAUCACGCCAGAGGUGAUCCUUACGUACAGUGCGCAAGGCAUCGGAGAGAUGAGUCGUCGAUACCAUCGGCUGAUACGGGAUCGCCUGCAGCCGCCGCAGUUCCGCACAUACAUCCCGCCGGUGCUUCUCAAUACCUGGGAGGCGCUGUAUUUCCAGCUCUCGCACGAGUCCGUACUGAAGAUCGCAGAGGUAGCGAAACGUGCUGGAAUUGAGAUGAUCGUCAUUGACGACGGCUGGUUUGGCCGACGCAACGACACCUCGGACGGCCUGGGCGAUUGGUACCCGAACCCGACCAAGUUGCCUUUCGGUCUGCAUGGUUUGGUUCGCGAGCUGACCGCCACGGGUCUCAAGGUCGGUCUCUGGGUCGAGCCAGAGAUGGUCUCCGUCGAAUCGGACCUUUUCAAGGCGCACCCGGACUGGGCGCUGCAUAUUCCAAGUCGCGGCAAGACCAUGGGCCGCAACCAGCUGGUGCUCGACCUGACACGCAGCGAAGUUCGCGAUUGGCUCGUCGACACCAUGAGCACGAUUCUAAGCUCGUGUGCAAUCAGCUAUAUCAAAUGGGAUAAUAAUCGGUUCCUGACGGAAGUCUACAGCGCAGUGCAUCCGCCUGAACGACAAGGCGAGAUUGCGCAUCGCUAUAUUCUCGGGCUCUACGAAGUACUGGGCCGUAUUCAGGAGCAGUUUCCUGACGUGUUUUUCGAGACUUGUGCCGGUGGCGGCGGCCGCUUCGAUGCUGGCCUUCUGUACUACAGCUCCCAGAUAUGGACCAGCGACAAUACGGAUGCGUCGAGUCGGAUGCGGAUCCAGGCGGGCACCUCGCUCUGGGCACCCGCCAAGGCAAUUGCCGCGCACGUGUCCACCGUGCCGAAUCACCAGACGCUGCGGAGCGCUCCGAUGAAGACGCGAUCUCUGGUUGCCAUGUGCGGUACUUUUGGGUAUGAAUUAGACCCGCGUGUCCUGUCUGAGGAUGAGCUCCGAGAGAUUCGACACUACAUUGAAUUGUAUCGGCAGGUUGCUCCGGUUGUACUGUUUGGAGAUAUGUAUCGGCUGUGGUGUCCGUUUCGCACCCAGAAUUGUGCCUGGAUGUACGUUUCCGCGGAUCGCAACCGUGCGUUAGUGUUCGCGUUCAACCAGAUACGCGAAGUUGGGCGGCUGGAGCCUCGCUUACGCCUGCGAGGACUUGAUGCCGAGCGAGUCUACGAAGUAGAAGAGUGGUGUCCUGGUGUGAUGCAACGGAAUACCCUGACCGGUGCGAUAGAGGCUGCACGCAGCGGCGUCUACCAGUACGCCGGCAAUUUGCUGCGGAUGACUGGACGUACCCUGAUGCUGGCCGGUCUUCCUAUCAAAUUUGUAUUUGAUGCGGACUCUGUACUGCUUAAUAUUGAAGCGGUUGAUUGGAAGUAUUCGGGUGCUCGUGAGGCGUUCCGUACGAUUGCCAGUCCAACGGGAAGCACGACACCUUCUUUAGGGCGUUCCUCAAACUAG